CAGUGCAGCAUCCAAUAUGGCGGCCACCACGGCAUCCAGUGCAGCAUCCAAUAUGGCGGCCACCACGGCAUCCAACAUGGCGACCAACGUGGCAACCAACACGGCGGCACUGGCAGCCAAAAUGGAGGCGGCCACAGCUGGCGGUGCCCUUCCAUCACCCGUCAGUGGGGUCACACAGCUGGCGGCUGGCGGGGCUGGAACGCAGGCCUCACCCAUGGGUGCUGGUGGCACGCAGGCCUCACCCAUGGGUGCUGGUGGCACGCAGGCCUCAUCCAUGGGUGCUGGUGGCACACAGGCCUCACCCAUGGGUGCUGGUGGCACACAGGCGUCGGCUGCGUGUGCUGGUAGCGCCGCCCAGACGUCACCCAUGGGUGCUGGCAGCACCGCCCUGACGUCACCCAUCCCCAGCAGCAGCGUCACCCAGAUCCCAGCUGCGUCUGCUGCCGCCCAGCCGUCACCUACGGGUGCUGGUAGCGUCACCCAGCCGUCACCCAUGGGUGCUGGUAGCCCCACGCAGCCGUCACCGCUUUCCACCCUCGGCGUCACCCCGCCGUCGCCCUCGCCUGCCCCCAACGCCACCCCCGUGUCGCCCAGAGCCGCCGCUCCGCAGGCGUCACCACCGCUUGUGAUGGAGGCCCCCAAAGCCGCCGCUCCCAGCGUCCCCACGCCGCCGACCGCCGUCACCGCGGCGCCUCCUGCAUCCGCUUCUCUCACCGAACCGCCGCCCGCCGUCACCCAAACGCCCCCAGCGGUGGAUGGCGGCCACUCGCCACCCGGCCCCGCCGUCACCAAAGCCGUGCUGCUCAAUGAAGCGUCGCCCGCAGCCGACGUCGCCCCAUCGGCCGCCACCAGCGAUGGCUCUGUGCCCCCCGAGGUGACGCCCGCCGAGGUGACGCCCGCCAAGGCCAAGCGCAGCUCCUCGUCCUCCUCGUCGUCCUCCUCUUCCUCUUCCUCCUCUUCGUCGUCCUCCUCUUCCUCCUCGUCCGACUCGGAUUCCAGCUCCAGCUCCUCCGAGUCCAACCCCGCCUCCCCGGCCCCCAACCUGGGGGAAGGGCAGCAG